GCAUAAACAAGAGCGGGGACGGGAUGAGGCGGCGGUUGGUCCCCGAGCGGCGAGUGGCGGCGACUGUGGUGGCGAACGGGUCCCGGCGCAGCCCCUGAGCGCAGCCUGACCCGGCCCCGCGCGCGCGCCCCCGCGGGCCCAUCCGCCGCGCGCGCAGCCAUGAACCUGGCGAGCCAGAGCGGCGAGGCCGGCGCCGGCCAGCUGCUGUUCGCCAACUUCAACCAGGACAACACAAGAGAGAAAAAGAGAGCAAGAGCAUCUGGUCGUCGUCAUCGUGACUAUGCCUGGUCCCUAGCAGUUGGUAGUAAGUCCGGUUAUAAGUUUUUCUCCCUUUCUUCUGUGGAUAAGCUGGAACAGAUCUAUGAAUGCACUGACACAGAAGAUGUGUGCAUCGUGGAAAGAUUGUUCUCGAGCAGCUUAGUGGCCAUCGUUAGUCUCAAAGCUCCCAGGAAACUGAAGGUUUGCCACUUUAAGAAGGGAACAGAGAUCUGCAACUACAGCUAUUCCAACACCAUCCUGGCCGUGAAGCUCAACAGGCAGAGGCUCAUCGUGUGUCUGGAGGAGUCUCUGUAUAUACACAACAUCCGGGACAUGAAGGUACUGCACACCAUCAGGGAGACCCCCCCAAACCCCGCAGGCUUGUGCGCGCUGUCAAUAAACAACGACAACUGCUACUUGGCCUAUCCAGGCAGUGCCACCAUUGGAGAGGUGCAAGUCUUCGAUACCAUUAAUCUGAGAGCUGCAAACAUGAUCCCGGCUCAUGACAGUCCUUUAGCUGCGCUGGCUUUCGAUGCAAGUGGGAGCAAACUAGCCACUGCUUCUGAGAAGGGGACCGUGAUUAGGGUAUUUUCCAUUCCAGAGGGACAGAAACUCUUUGAGUUCCGGAGAGGAGUAAAGAGGUGUGUGAACAUCUGCUCACUGGCCUUCAGCAUGGACGGCAUGUUCCUGUCUGCAUCCAGCAACACGGAGACUGUGCACAUCUUCAAACUGGAGACAGUAAAGGAGAAGCCUCCGGAGGAGCCUACCACCUGGACCGGCUACUUUGGGAAGGUGCUCAUGGCCUCCACCAGCUACCUGCCCUCCCAGGUGACAGAAAUGUUCAACCAGGGCCGAGCCUUUGCCACCGUCCGCCUGCCAUUCUGUGGCCACAAGAACAUCUGCUCCUUGGCCACGAUCCAGAAGAUUCCCCGGCUACUGGUAGGGGCAUCGGACGGCUACUUGUACAUGUACAACCUGGACCCCCAGGAGGGCGGCGAGUGUGCGCUCAUGCGCCAGCAUAGGCUGGAUGGCAGCAUGGAGACCACCAGUGAAAUCGUAGACUCUGCCUCCCACGACUGCCCACUAGUUACUCAGACGUACAGCACAGCGGCGGCCAAAGGUGCCUACACGCCCUCAUCUCCCACCAGACUUGGCAAGGGGCAAGACACCAACUUAGAAGCCUACACGGACGACCUGGGUGCCGUGGGCGGUACUUGCCUGGAGGAGGAAGCCAGCGCCCUGCGCCUGGAUGAGGACAGUGAGCAUCCCCCCAUGAUCCUCCGCACGGACUGAGCCGGCCACGCCGCCUGCUGAGGGCUGCACACUGCUGCUAUGAACUUGGGGCCCGGGAGAGGACGGCACACCCAAGCGGGGUCCUAACGAUAGUCCACCUCCACUCUGGAGAAAACACGUUUCACUUCAGUGGCUUCUCAUCCUGCUUAUGGAUUUUAGCUUUCUGUUUUCUCUCUUUUUUUUUUUAAUUUUUUGUUUUUUUUUUUUGCCAAAAUGAAUGGAUUGGUGAAGUCCUUGGAGUCUCCUGGCUUUGUGUGCAUGCCAUGCCACGCCAGCACGGAGCGCUCCAGCCUCCCAAUAGCAAUUGCCGUGGUCAGCCUCAAUGAGAGGCCAUCCUUGGGAGGCCACAAAGGCGGGAGGAAUAUGGGCAGGGGGGGCUUCCGCGGGGACAGGCGGGGGCCGCCCGCUGGGGGCCGACCUGGAUGGCGGCCUCUUGCCCUCCAGCCCACCUGGACAAUUUCCCUCUACUGUAUUUUGUUAAUUAAAUUCUUUCCAAGUUGGA